CGCUUGCAGUCAGUGCAUCGCCUUCUCAGUUACCUAAACAUGCAGUAGUAGUAGUAACAACCAGUGAAGAGCAUUUUAAGCUCAGGUUGUGUCGGACAAAUCAGAUUAUUGGGAUGGUAAACGGGAUUCUGACGUAAAGGACUUAAAUCCCGGCAGAGGAUCGUCGCCUGUGCUGCGCGAGCUCGCUAUAUCAUCAGCAGUCCGUCGGUGCGGAGGAGAGCGGCUCGUGCCACCUACAGUCAACAAACCCUCCUCUUGCCUCUCAGGACCUGAGCAUGACUCCUCAGAUAUUUCGCUGCGACUGAAGAGGACGGACGACCGCCGGCCGGUAACAUGGCUUCCUAUCUGCAGAUCGCUGAUGAUGAGAAGGGCCAUGAACUAGACCUUUUCUGUGUCCCCAGACAUUAUGAGAACGAUUUGGACAAGGUGAUCAUCCCCCAUGGACUCAUCAUGGACAGGACAGAGCGUCUGGCCCGCGACAUUGUCCGGGACAUGGGGGGACACCACAUCGUAGCACUGUGUGUGCUAAAAGGGGGCUACAAGUUCUUUGCAGACCUCCUGGACUACAUUAAGGCACUGAACCAGAACAGUGAUAAAUCAGUCCCGCUGACAGUGGAUUUCAUUAGGGUGAAGAGCUACUGUAAUGACAAGUCAACAAACAGUGUCAGAGUCAUAGGAGGUGACGAGCUGUCCAACCUCUCAGGCAAGAAUGUUUUGAUUGUUGAGGAUAUUGUGGAGACUGGAAGGACGAUGCAGACGCUACUUUCCCUGCUGAGCGAAUGUAAUCCCAAGAUGGUUAAAGUUGUAAGCCUUCUGGUGAAGAGGACCCCGAGGAGUUCAGGGUACAGACCAGACUACAUUGGUUUCGAGGUGCCAGAUGCCUUUCUGGUGGGUUACGCUUUGGACUACAAUGAGUACUUCAGAGAUCUCAGUCACAUCUGUAUACUUAAUGAUCAAGCCAAGGAGAAGUACAAAGUGUGAGCAGAUGAAGUGCUGCAGAGGCGAUGACUCAAUCAAUGAGGACUCAGACCACUGUGAUGACCCUCCAUUAGUUUUGCUGUGUUUUGAAUCUUAUUUAUUUUUCUACACAAGAAUCCACAAAAUGUGAUGUGUGGUUUGUAAAUAACUUAAAGAAGAACAUUUAAUUUCCCCCUUAUUGAAUACCUGGGAUCAGUUAUGUUUAUUAUGAAUAUUUUGGUUGAUGAAAUUUAAUUUAUUUACCACAAAUGUGUUAUAGAAUUUACAUGUAAUGUAGUUUUAUCUUGGAGCGACAGGAAAAAAAAACCAAUGUCAUUAAUUUGUUCUGGCUCAUCAAUUUAUGUUCAGAUGAGGUGUCAGUCCAAUUUAAGUAGCAUUCAGGCUGUACGUGUUUCUGUUUCGACUUAUAAUGCUGAUAUAUCCUCUCAUUAUGCCAUAAACUGACUGACUUGGAAUGUACUGUAUGUUUUAUUUCAUAUCUGAUGUUUUCAUGGAGGACCUGUUUACAGCAAUACAAAUCCUGUUUAAACCUC